AUGUAUGGAGAGAUCUUGUCACCCAAUUAUCCUCAGGUGUAUCCCAACGACGUGCAGAAAUCUUGGGAAAUCCAGGUCCCUUCGGGAUAUGGUAUUCACCUUUAUUUCACACAUCUGGAUCUUGAGCCAUCACAGAACUGCGAAUAUGACUUUGUGAAGAUUCUGUCUGGUGGCCAUGUUGAAGGUGUGCUUUGUGGGAAGAAGAAGCCUCGUGCUCCUGGCUCCUUGGUUGUUGAGGAAUUUCGUGUCCCUUACAACACUGUCAAUAUGAGCUUCCAAUCAGACUUUUCCAAUGAGGAACGUUUCACUGGUUUUGCAGCCUACUAUGUUGCAGUGGACCUGGAUGAGUGCAUGGAUUUUGUGGAGGAACCUUGCAGUCAUUACUGUAACAAUUAUAUUGGAGGUUACUUCUGUACCUGUCCACCAGAUUAUUUCCUCUAUGAGGAUCAGAAAACAUGUGGAGUGAACUGCAGUGGAAAUGUCUUCACUGAGCUAUCAGGGCAGAUUACCAGCCCCAACUAUCCCAGCCAGUACCCAGAGAACUCACGGUGUGACUACAGAGUGGCUCUGAGUCCAGGCUACUUUGUGGUACUGACCAUACACCAGGAGGACUUCGAUGUGGAACCAGCUGACUCAAACGGGACCUGCCACGACAGCUUAACAAUUUUCUCUGGAAAACAGCAUUUUGGUCCUUAUUGUGGCAGAAAAUUCCCAGGUCCUCCUGAAAUCGAAACUAGUAACAACAUUCUUGACAUCAUCUUCCAGACAGACCAUGCAGUACAGCACAAAGGCUGGAAAAUACGCUACUAUGGGAGUCCUGUAACCUGUCCCUCGAGUGUCAUCCCCAACUCUGUUCUUGACCCAAAGAAGGACAAGUAUAUCUUAAAUGACAAUGUGAAGGUGACUUGCAUGGAAGGCUAUGAAAUUGUGAGGCAACGAGACAGCAUCAAGACUUUUUACUCCAGCUGUCAGGACAAUGGUGAAUGGAGCAACUCCCAUUUGAGCUGUGUUCCUGUGAACUGUGGUGAUCCUACUCCUGUUGGCAAUGCCCAAGCUGUAUAUGUCUCUGAACUCCAUGAGCCUCUGUACAAAGCUGUUGUCCGGUAUCAAUGUGAUGCACCUUACUAUACCCUAGAAAACAAAGGAGAUGCGGUGUAUCAGUGUUCAGCCAGUGGAGAAUGGAUCAGUGAAGAGAUGGGAAAAAAGCCACCAAAAUGUGUCCCAGUCUGUGGGGUGCCUAGUAAUCCUAUACGAGAGAAAGCGAGAAUUUUUGGAGGUACCCUUGCAGAAAAGGGCAACUUCCCCUGGCAGGUGUUUUUCAGUUCCCCAAGAGCAGGUGGUGUACUCAUUUCGGAAAGAUGGGUAUUGACUGCAGCUCAUGUGCUGGAGGGAUAUGAAAAGCCCACCAUGUAUGCUGGGGUAGUCAACGUUGGUAGAGAAUCUCUGGAGUGGGAUGCUGAACAGCUGAUCCCAGAAGCUGCAUUCAUCCAUCCUGACUGGAAGGAGGAGCCCAUAGAAACCAGGACUGAUUUUGAUAAUGAUAUUGCACUACUGAAGCUGAAGGAUCCUCUGAAGAUGGGUCCAAACAUCUCACCUCUCUGUCUUCCUGGUAAGUCACCUGAGUAUGAGCUGCAAGAAGGGACUUUGGGCUACAUUGCUGGCUGGGGCCAGAGAGAGAGAGGAAAACUGCCUGUGAAUCUUGUGAAGGCCCAGAUUCCCGUGAUGGACAUGGAAAAGUGCCGAUCCGUGAAACCAGAGGGCUCUGAUGGUUCUGUUGUUUACCUGUUCACUGACAAUAUGAUCUGUGCUGGUGGUGGCAAGGACAGCUGUCAUGGAGAUAGCGGUGGAGCCUAUGCUAUCCAAGAUCCUCUUGAUGAAAGACGGUACUAUGUUGCGGGGCUGGUCUCCUGGGGACCAAAAUGUGGUACCUUUGGUCUUUACACCAAGGUAGUGCGUUAUUUGGACUGGAUUAGAGAGACCAUGAGCAAGCAUGAGGAUGCAGAAGCUUGGCAGAAAUAG